GGGAAAAUUGGUCACCACCCACUUGUAGAAAGGCAGACCAACAGACAGCUCACUAUCUCUCGCGAUAUUUGGCUGGGCAGAAAAGUCUAAACGGGUGCCUUGGAUGUCCCAACUCUGAUGUCACCUCAUUGAACAGUCAUUGGGCUGCAGCAGAAUUCAAAUCGUCUUGUGUGCGCGGUCUAUAAAACAACAAAGAUUUUAGGUGUGGUGGUUCGGUUCCCUUUUUGACUGCUUGUUGGCAAGGUAUGCUUACUAGCUAGCUAAACAUGAAAAGUAAUUUUACAAUAGCUUGCCAGUUAUCCUCUUAUGGUCACAUUUCCGAGGGUAACUGUCUUUGUGCAAUCAACAGUUAGCUUGCAACUUACGUUAUCUAGCUAGCUAGCUAGUACUAUGUCGUGCAAGUUUAGUUAACGUACUUUAGCUAGCUAGCUACAGUAGCUAACUCAUAUCAGGAGGAAAAAGCUUGCUAAUGUUAGUGUUGUUUAUCAGUGGUAUGCAGUAUUGUUCACUAGCAAAAGCAAGCAUACAACGUUGCGUGUAUACAAUCGUUUCAUCCCGUUUCGUUGUGGAACAGUAGUUAGUUACAUUCUUUAUCCAUUGUUUUCAACUAGGUUUAGCUCAGGGUUUAUUCCAUCAUUAGGCCAAUAUCUAUAUUUGUCAACAUUAUUUGUUGUGUUCAUUUAAUCAGAUAUGAUAAUCACAGAAUAGCCCACAUUCUUUACAUAAUUGAACAACUAUCCCACCUUACCCCAUAUGAACCAUCGCUGAAGUUAAAUGGGUGUCCCACAAUUUCAAUAAGUGCUGCUGUUAAGUUUCUCUCUUUUUACAUCACCUCAAUUGUGAAAGAUGUCUACUUCAGGAGAAGAUGAGAUCCAGCGACUACAACGCAAGUUGAAAGAAGCAGACGAUGCGCUGCAGAAGGCAGGCCAAUAUGGCCUUCAGCUGCUGGAUGGGCAGCUGGAUCUGCAGAACAAACUGGAGGAGCAGCGGAUAGAGAUGACCAACGCUGUGGAGGUGAUCGUUCACACUGGCCAAUGACUGACAUCUCUAAAGACUGCUGUCUUCUUGACAGUUGAUGAAUAGGCUAUGACAGUAGCAGUAUAACGCAUUACAAAAUAAGACAACUGCUGUCCAUAACAACUAUUAAUCAUCCUUAUAUUUCAUGUCAUGAAUCUUGUUACAACUGAUAUUACAGUAAUGUUGAACAGUGUUUGGAUGGGAACACAGAUGGAGUGGGUUGUUGUUGGAGUUAUGAAUCUCCUGUGUGUCUAUUCUCAGGCCCUGGAGCAGGAUAAAUACUCCCUGCAGCGGGAAGUGGAGCUGAAAAGCCGUGUGCUGGACAGCCUGCGCUCCGACUACGACUCGGUCAAGAGCCAACAGAGGCUGCAGUGGGAGCAACAGGAAUCCCAGCUGGAGAGGAACCACGCUAUGGAGCUCAAUGAGUGCAAGAAAAAGGUUGGGGAGCCAUUGAUGUGGUUUGGGUUACCUGUACACCAUUGGCUGUAUUUGGGGGAAUGCUGAAUCUAUACUUUUUUUGUGUGGAAUUAUACACACUGAAAUCAUCUCUACUAAUGACAUACUUAAUCAGGAGUUGUUGCCUUUGAGGCAAUACUUAUUUCUUGACAAUACUUUGUGUGCCCAGUCAGUGUAGUGAAUGUGAUGUCUGUGUUUGGCCGUAGAUGGAGAGAAUGAGAGCUGAACUGGAUGAGGCGCAGCUCAGUGAGAAGCAGCUGAAGCAUAAACUGGAGCUUCAGACAGUGACCCUGAGCAACAAGAUGGAGGAGCUGCGAUCGGUCACAGAGCAGACUCAUGAAACCCUGUCCACCGAGAUGAUGGAGUUGCAGGUGGAGAGGAUGGAGCUGGAGGCUGCUAAGGUGAGUACCCUACCACACUGUCUGUAAAAACUUAAUCUCAGGAACCCAGAACUAAAAUAUUGUGUCAGAUGCUCAAUUAAGUUCUGGAGGUACACUACCAGUCAAAAGUUUGGACACACCUACUCAUUCAAGGGUUUUUCUUUAUUUUUUACAAUUUUUUUAAAUUGGAGAAUAAUAGUGAAGACAUCAAAACUAUGAAAUAACACAUAUGGAAUCAUGUAGUAACCAAAAAAGUUUUAAACUAAUCAAAAUAUAUUUUAUAUUUGAGAUUCUUCAAAUAGCCGACCUUUGCCUUGAUGACAGCUUUGCACACUCUUGGCAUUCUCUCAACCAGCUUCAUGAGGUAUUCACCUGGAAUGCAUUUAAAUUAACAGAUGUGCCUUCUUAAAAGUUAAUUUGUAGAAUUUCUUUACCACUUAAUGCGUUUGAGCCAAUCAGUUGUGUUGUGACAAGGUAGGGGGUGUAUACAGAAGAUGGACAUAUUUGGUAAAAGACCAAGUCCAUAUUAUGGCAAGAACAUCUCAAAUAAGCAAAGAGAAACGACAGUCCAUUAUUACUUUAAGACAUGAAGCUCAGUCAAUCCGGAACAUUUCAAGAACUUUUAAAGUUUCCUCAAGUGCAGUCGCAAAAACCAUCAAGCGCUAUUAUGAAACGGGCUCUCAUGAGGACCGCCACAGGAAUGGAAGACCCAGAGUUACCUCUGCUGCAGAGGUUACGUUCAUUAGAGUUACUAGCCUCAGAAAUUGCAGCCCAAAUAAAUGCUUCACAGAGUUCAAGUCACAGACAUAUCUCAACAUCAACUGUUCAGAGGGGACUGUGUGAAUCAGGCCUUCAUGGUCGAAUUGCUGCAAAGAAGCCACUACUAAAGGACACCAAUAAGAAGAAGAGACCUGCUUGGGCCAAGAAACACGAGCAAUGAACAUUAGACCGGUGGAAAUUUGUCCUUUGGUCUGGAGUCCAAAUUUGAGAUUUUUGGUUCCAACCGCCGUGUCUUUGUGAGAUGCUGUGUGGGUGAACGGAUGAUCGCCGCAUGUUUAUUUCCCACCGUAAAGCAUGGAGGAGGCGUUGUUAUGGCGUGGGGGUGCUUUGCUGGUGACACUGUCUGAUUUAUUUCGAGUUCAAGGCACACUUAACCAGCAUGGCUCCCACAGCAUUCUGCAGCGAUACGCCAGCCCAUCUGGUUUGGGCUUAGUGGGACUAUCAUUUGUUUUUCAACACGACAAUGACCCAACACACCUCCAGGCUGUAUAAGGGCUAUUUGACCAAGAAGGAGAGUAAUGGAGUGCUGCAUUAGAUGACCUGGCCUGGUUUGGGAUGAGUCGGACAGCAUAGUGAAGGAAAAGCAGCCAACAAGUGCUCAGCGUAUGUGGGAACUCCUUCAAGACUGUUGGAAAAGCAUUCCAGGUGAAGCUGGUUGAGAGAAUGCCAAGAGUGUGCAAAGCUGUCAUCAAGGCAAAGGGUGGCUAUUUGAAGAAUCGCAAAUAUAACAUAUAUUUUGAUUUGUUUAACACUUUUUUUGGUUACUACAUGAUUCCAUUUGUGUUAUUUAAUAGUUUUGAUGUCUUCACUAUUAUUCUACAAUGUAGAAAAUUAGUAAAAAUAUAGAAAAACCUUUGAAUGAGUAGGUGUGUCCAAACUUUUGACUGGUACUGUAGAUGUAUGAGAAGAUACUACCGAGACUAGCAAAGUCUCCAUCCCCCUAAACGGAAGUUUUGGGUAAGUCUAUUGGCCAAAUGUCCCCUCUCUUCCGAAAUUUCAAAGAUGCAAACUUCUGCGAAAUUGUGAUUUUGGCAAAUGAUCAUUAACGAAACAAUCUCUCAAGCACAAGCCCACUUGCUAAUGAGUAGCCAGCUAAUCUCUAUAGGAGUCUUUAUAUUUCAAGUUUAGCCAACUUGGAUCUAUUUGCCAAUCAACAAGGCAGGGCAGUUGAAUUGUUAUGAACACUGAAUCAAUGUUCAUUGAUACUCCCGUUUUAGUAGUGUCUGCUCUGUGCGCAACUUGAGCAGUUGAGAAAUAAAAAGGGUAUCAAUAGGAAGGAUAACUUCUCCUCUAUUACAGUGAAAUAAUCUCAAUGUGUUUCAGUGUCCAUAUGACCGAUUCUGUUUGACCAAAGCUUAAAUGCAAAUAGCAAGUUGAAACCACUUGUCAGAGAGGAAGAAGUGAUCUCAUCUUUGUGUGAGUGGCAGGGGAGGGGCUUUGAGUGUGUGUGUGUAAACCGAGAGGAAGAGGCAAAGCGAGAGGUUUCACUCUCACCAAAAUUAUCCCAAUGCAUUUCUAUGGGCUUAUUGUGGACCUAAGUUUGUCGCCAGCCUUCCCCACUUUGGGACAACGAUUCCCAUUGUUAUGGCGGAGCCAUGAGCAUCUCAUCAUGAUAUACAGAUCUCUGGUGUACAUGGGAACACAACACAGAAGGAGCGAAGGAGAUGAGACCAAAAAGACAACGAGAACAAGUAGACAUAAACGCUCAUAUUUUAUAUAAAAAAAAUUAAACACUUGAUUCUUGCGAUACAGGCAUUUGGAAUAUUGCGCAAAAACAUCAAUCCUAAUUAGUUCUAUAUAAUGCCCAGCCCUACUACGAUUCCAUCCGAUGUUACAUGCAUCUGUACGAGAGAUUAGUAAAGGCCCAUAAAGACUCGGGAUAACCAUAAAAAUGCUUUGUUUACUUUUAACUGAUUGUAAAUAUCAGUUAAUUGCAUGUGGUACAGUAUAGGCAGCCAUUUUAAUGUUUCUCCACUCAGGCCACCUUGGAGCUGGCACUUCAGGAGGCCCAGUACAAAGAGCAGCAGCUGGAGCUGACCAACACAAACCUUCAACGUCAACUGGAGCGAAUCAGUGAGGAGAAAGAAGAGCGUGAGAGAGAAGCGGUCUCCUGCUUCAACGCCUUGGAGGUAAAGAUCAUAAUCUUCAGCAGUUUAGGAUUGUGUGUAUCAUGAAUACAUUGCACUACAUUCGUAGUCAUUCAUGCGAAUGAAACUAAUGUCUUUCCUUUUUGCCUGCUUUAGAAAGCCAGAGAGGCCAACCAAGAUCUCCAGAUUCAGCUGGAUCAGUUAUUGCAACAGGCACAAGAUCCCAACAGCAAGGGAAAUUCUUUAUUUGGAGAGGUAGGUACUACAUUGCCAUCUGUCUCCGUAGCAUCUUUGAAUGUAUUUCAAGUUUCAAAGUUUUCGCCACGUGCACAGGAUACAACGGGUGUAAAACAGUACAGUGAAAUUCUUACCUUGAAAACUCUUUCCCAACAAUACAGUAAUAAUAAUAUAGAUCAUAAUAAAAAAUUAAGUAAAAAAUAAAAUUACGAAUAAAAACCUCACAAGGACUACGGUGAGAGUUAAAGAAAAUGAGAAUGCAAGUAUAUAUACAGUAGGUCAGUGUCAGUACCUUUUUAAUGUGCUGGAGAGGUUGAGGUGGGUUUAUACAUAAAAAGUGACUGGUAGUAGGAUUUACAUGUAAACGAUUUGUAACUCGCUUUGGAUAAGAGCGUCUGCUAAAUGACUUAAAUGUAAACAGGGAUGGAAAAGUGACUGGUUGCAGGAAUAUAUAAAUAAUUAUGGUUACAGUAUAUACUAGUGGUAAUAUAUAUAUAUAUAUAUAUAUAUAUAUAUAUAUAUAUAUAUAUAUAUAUACACACACACACACAGUGGGGAGAACAAGUAUUUGAUACACUGCCAAUUUCGCAGGUUUUCCUACUUACAAAGCAUGUAAAGGUCUGUAAUUGUUAUCAUAGGUACACUUCAACUGUGAGAGACGGAAUCUAAAACAAAAAUCCAGAAAAUCACAUUGUAUGAUUUUUAAGUAAUUAAUUUGCAUUUUAUUGCAUGACAUAAGUAUUUGAUACAUCAGAAAAGCAGAACUUAAUAUUUGGUACAGAAACCUUUGUUUGCAAUUACAGAGAUCAUACGUUUCCUGUAGGUCUUGUCCAGGUUUGCACACACUGCAGCAGGGAUUUUGGCCCAUUCCUCCAUACAGACCUUCUCCAGAUCCUUCAGGUUUCGGGGCUGACGCUGGGCAAUACGGACUUUCAGCUCCCUCCAAAUAUUUUCUAUUGGGUUCAGGUCUGGAGACUGGCUAGGCCACUCCAGGACCUUGAGAUGCUUCUUACGGAGCCACUCCUUAGUUGCCCUGGCUGUGUGUUUCGGGACGUUGUCAUGCUAGAAGACCCAGCCACGACCCAUCUUCAAUGCUCUUACUGAGGGAAGGAGGUUGUUGGCCAAGAUCUCGCGAUACAUGGCCCCAUCCAUCCUCCCCUCAAUACGGUGCAGUCGUCCUGUCCCCUUUUCAGAAAAGCAUCCCCAAAGAAUGAUGUUUCCACCUCCAUGCUUCACGGUUGGGAUGGUGUUCUUGGGGUUGUACUCAUCCUUCUUCCUCCAAACACGGCGAGUGGAGUUUAGACCAAAAAGCUAUAUUUUUGUCUCAUCAGACCACAUGACCUUCUCCCAUUCCUCCUCUGGAUCAUCCAGAUGGUCAUUGGCAAACUUCAGAUGGGCCUGGACAUGCGCUGGCUUGAGCAGGGGGACCUUGCGUGCGCUGCAGGAUUUUAAUCCAUGACGGCGUAGUGUGUUACUAAUGGUUUUCUUUGAGACUGUGGUCCCAGCUCUCUUCAGGUCAUUGCUCAGGUCCUGCCGUGUAGUUCUGGGCUGAUCCCUCACCUUCCUCAUGAUCAUUGAUGCCCCACGAGGUGAGAUCUUGCAUGGAGCCCCAGUCCGAGGGUGGUUGACCGUCAUCUUGAACUUCUUCCAUUUUCUAAUAAUUGCGCCAACAGUUGUUGCCUUCUCACCAAGCUGCUUGCCUAUUGUCCUGUAGCCCAUCCCAGCCUUGUGCAGGUCUACAAUUUUAUCCCUGAUGUCCUUACACAGCUCUCUGGUCUUGGCCAUUGUGGAGAGGUUGGAGUCUGUUUUAUUGAGAGUGGACAGGUGUCUUUUAUACAGGUAAUGAGUUCAAACAGGUGCAGUUAAUACAGGUAAUGAGUGGAGAACAGGAGGGCUUCUUAAAGAAAAACUAACAGGUCUGUGAGAGCCGGAAUUCUUACUGGUUGGUAGGUGAUCAAAUACUUAUGUCAUGCAAUAAAAUGCAAAUUAAUUACUUAAAAAUCAUACAAUGUGAUUUUCUGGAUUUUUGUUUUAGAUUCCGUCUCUCACAGUUAAAGUGUACCUAUGAUAAAAAUUACAGACCUCUACAUGCUUUGUAAGUAGGAAAACCUGCAAAAUCGGCAGUGUAUCAAAUACUUGUUCUCCCCACUGUAUAUGUGUAAACAGGAAUACAAUACAGCAGUGAAAUGCUUACUUACAAGCCCAUAACCAAGUUUUAAGAAAGAACACCAAAAAAAAUCACACAAAUAAAAUAAGAAAUAAAAGUAACAAAGAAUUAUUAAGCAGUAAAAAUAACAAUAGCCAGGCUAUAUACAAUGUGCGGGGGCACCGGUUAGUCAAGGUAAUUUGGGUAAUAUGUAGGUAGAGUUAUUAAAGUGACUAUGCAUAGAUAAUAAACAGAGAGUAGCAGCAGCGUAAGGGGGGGGGGGGGGGGGGGGGGACAAUGUAAAUAGUCUGGGUAGCCAUUUGAUUAGAUGUUCAGGAGUCUUAUGGCUUGGGGGUAGAAGCUGUUUAGAAGCCUCUUGGACCUAGACUUGGUGCUCCGGUACCGCUUGCUGUGCCGUAGCAGAGAGAACAGUCUAUGACUAGGGUGGCUGGAGUCUUUGACCAUUUUUUGGGCCGUACGCACUACCCUCUGUAGUGCCUUGCGGUCGGAGGCCGAGCAGUUGCCAUACCAGGCAGUAAUGCAACCAGUCAGGAUGCUCUCGAUGGUGCAGCUGUAGAACCUUUUGAGGAUCUGAGGACCCAUGCCAAAUAUUUUCAGUCUCCUUAGGGGGAAUAGAUUUUGUCGUGCCCUCUUCACGACUGUCUUGGUGUGCUUGGACCAUGUAGACACCAAGGAACUUGAAGCUCUCAACCUGCUCCACUACAGCCCCGUCGAUGAGAAUGGGGUUGUGCUCAGUCCUCUUUUUCCUGUAGUCCACAAUCAUCUCCUUUGUCUUGAUCACGUUGAGGGAGAGGUUGUUGUCCUGGCACCACAUGGCCAGGUCUCUGACCACCUCCCUAUAGGCUGUCUCGUCGGUGUUCAGGCCUACCACUGUUGUGUCAUCGACAAACCUAAUGAUGGUGUUGGGGUCGUGCCUGGCUAUGCAGUCAUGAGUGAACAGGGAGUACAGGAGGGGACUGAGCACGCACCCCUGAGGGGCCCCCGUUGAGGAUCAGCGUGGCGGAUGUGUUGUUACCUACCCUUAACACCUGGGGGCGGCCCGUCAGGAACUCAAGGAUCCAGUUGCAGAGGGAGGUGUUUGGUCCCAGGGUCCAUAGCUUAGUGAUGAGCUUUGAGGGCACUAUGGUGUUGAACGCUGAGCUGUAGUCAAUUAAUAGCAUUCUCACAUAGGUGUUCCUUUUGUCCAGGUGGGAAAGGGCAGUGUGGAGUGCGAUAGAGAUUGCAUCAUCUGUGGAUCUGUUGGGGCGGUAUGCAAAUUGGAGUUAUUGAUGAAGCCAGUGACUGUUGUGGUGUACUCAAUGCCAUCGGAAGAAUCCCAGAACAUAUUCCAGUCUGUGCUAGCAAAACAGUCCUGUAGCUUAGCAUCUGCUUCAUCUGACCACUUUGUUAAUUGACAGAGUCACUGGUGCAUCCUGCUUUAGUUUUUGCUUGUAAACAGGAAUCAGGAGGAUAGAAUUAUGGUCAGAUUUGCCAAAUGGAGGGCGAGGGAGAGCUUUGUACGCUUCUCUGUGUGUGGAGUAAAGGUGGUCUAGAGUUUUUUUUUUUUUUUUCCUCUGGUUGCACAUUUAACAUGCUAGUAGAAAUGAGGUAAAACAGAUUUAAGUUUCCCUGCAUUAAAGUCCCUGGCCACGAGGAGCGCCGCCUCAGGAUGAGUGUUUUCCUGUUUGCUUAUGGCCAUAUACAGUUCAUUGAGUGCAGUCUUAGUGCCAGUAUCUGUUUGUGGUGGUAAAUAGAAAGCUACGAAGAAUAUAGAUAAACUCUCUUGGUAGAUAGUGUGGUCUACAGUUUAUCAUGAGGUACUCUACCUCAGGCGAGCAAAACCUCGAGACUUCCUUAGAUAUCGUGCACCAGCUGUUGUUUACAAAUAUACAUAGACCGCCACCCCUUGACUUACCAGAGGCUGCUGUUCUAUCCUGCCGAUACAGUGUAUAACCCGCCAGCUGUAUGUUAUUCAUGUCUUCGUUCAGCCACGACUCAGUGAAACAUAAGAUAUUACCGUUUUUAAUGUCCCGUUGGUAGGAUAUACGUGCUUGUAGUUCGUCCACUUUAUUAUCAAGCGAUUGUAAGUUGGCCAAUAGUAUCGACGGCAAAGGCAGAUUAGCCACUCAUCACCGGCUCCUUACCAAGCACCCCGAUCUCCUUCCGCGAUAUCUCCUUUUCUUUCUACUGCGAAUGAUGGGGAUGAGGACCCUGUCGGGUGUCUGGAGCAAAUCCCUCUCGUCCGACUCAUUAAAUAAUAAUUAUUUGUCCAGUUCAAGGUGAGUAAUCACUGUUCUCAUGUCCAGAAGCUCUUUUUGGUCGUCAUAAGAGACGAUAGCAGCAACAUUAUGUACAAAAUAAGUAACAAACAAUGCGGAAAAAACACACAAAAUAGCACAGUUGGUUAAGAGUCAAUAAUCAAUGGACAUCAGCGUAAUGGAGUAAUACAUCUAAUCAAUAAUCAUUUUAGCAGCAGUGUAGGUUGUCUGAGUGGGUAGAGACCUGUGGAUAGUCUGAGAGGGAGAGUAGUAGUUGUUAGCCAUUUAACAGUCUUAUGGCCAGAGGAUAGAAGCUUUUUAGGAGUCUGUUUGUCUGAGCCUUGAUGCACCGGUACCGCCUGCCGAUACUAAGAACAGUCCAUGUUCGGGCCAUUCUCAGACACCGCCUGGCAUGUACAUCCUGGAUGGCUGGGAGCUCACCCCCAGUGAUGCGCUGGGCCAUCCGCAACACCCUCUGUAGGGCUUUCCGGUUGAGAACAGUGCAGUUGCCAUACCAAACGGUGAUACAACCAGUCAGGAUGCUGUCAAUGGUGCAGCUGUAAAAGUUCCCGAGGAUCUGAGGGGCCAUGCCAAAUGGUUUCAGCCUCCCGAGGGAGAAGAGGCGUUGCCGUGCCUUCUUCACAACUGUUCUGUUGUCAGAGGACCACGUUAUGUCCUCAGUGAUGUGGACACCGAGGAGCUUGAAGCUCUUGACCCUCUCCACUGCGGCCCUGUGGAUGGAGGUGUGCACCCUCAUCCCCAUUCUGUGUUAAAGAGCCUCUUGAUUUAUUUUUAGCUUGAGGACAAACGAGCAGAGAUGGAGAGACAACUGAUCAGUAUGAAAGUACAGCACCAAUCCCUUCAGAAGCAGCAUGCCUUCUCCAAACAACAGCUCCAUCGUAUGAAGGUACGAUAAAAUAAAAUAAAGUCCUUGUAUGUUUUUACUGAAUCACCUAAUUUCAAUGUGAGACUUGGGAUUCAUUCAUGUGCGUUUCCCUCUUGCUUGAUCCUCCAGGUUCAGAUAGCAACACUCAUGCAACUGCAAGGCUCUAGGGCAGACCCUGCCCAGCUGGAGCGCCUGCAGUCCAUGCUCUCAGAGAAGAACAGUGAGAUACAAGCCCUCAUGAUCAAACUACAGCGCCUGGAGAAAGUGGAGGUAAAGUCCUCUUGUUUGUCGUCAUUUCAACUAAAAUCCAAAACACUACAACAUGUUAUAGGGCAACAGAUUCACACAGUAUGAACUGAAUGUUGUGCAGUUGUCUCAAUUGUUGGUUACUGUGUCUAUGCAGAUGACAUUGAAGGCACAGCCCUCUGCAGCACCAGUGGAAACAGACGGUGGUGAUGGGACCUACUACACUGACCUUCUGAAAAUGCAACUUUCAAACUCUGCGUGAGUUAUCGCUUGAUUUAGGGCACAGUUAGUAUUUACAUCCUGGGUGGGUGAUGACCUUCAGUUUGCCCAUAAGCAUUCCACAUUUAAAGUUUGGCUUACAAAUGUUGAGAUUAACCAAAUUGGAUCUGUCGUACCUGCAUCAGUGUUUUGAUGUGUGUGUGUGUGUGUGUGUGUGUGUGUGUGUGUGUGUGUGUGUGUAGGAAGGAUGCAGAGCGACUGGGGGAUGAGUUGUCCAUGCAAAGAAUGAAGUCACUCUCUGAGAGCCAGAGAGCACUGGAGCUGGAGAGGAAGCUGUUCAGUGCAGAGAGGGCCCACAAACAGAGCCAGAGUGACAACAUCAAGCUGCAAGUCAAAGUGGAAGAGCUCAGGUUGAAAUAUGAGCCCAAUGGUAAAUUAGCCUAUAUAGUGACAUUCACUUGAACACAGUUGCAGUGAUAAUUUACAUAUUUAAAAAAAGGUGACAUUAGGUAAGAGGGAUUAAAUCAAUGUUAUGUUGUGUCUUUAGAGGUGAAUAAAAAGCUUAUUCAGAAGCGCAAGCGCGAGAAGCUCCCUGUAGACAUUCCUAGCGACAUCCCAGAGGUGAAGAAAGAGGACCCCAUGGUGCUGGAGCUCCCCAAGCACAUGAAAGAGGAAAUGGAAGCAGAGGAACACCCUUUUACAGAGGAGAGGCUCACCGUUACCCCUCUGCAGCCCCCCAACAACCCGAAGCCUAACUCUGCCUUGCCCCAAGACAGCAAGUGUGUGCGUAUCUGCGAGGAGCCCCCAAUCAUUAUCCCCAACCCCCCCAGGUCAGUUUCCCCAUGGUCCUGCAGACUCCUGUCUCUCCUUUCCACUGUGUCAACUUCGGUUUCUUGGUCGUCUUCCUCUUCCUGGGCUUUAUUCGGGCUCUCACCACUAGUCCACCAUUGCUUACCAUUCCCCUGCCUUUUAGGAGGGCUGUCACAGGGAAGUCUUAAUUGAUUUGCACUAUUUUGCCUUUGACUUCCUAUCUGUUUAUAAGUAUUAUACUUUCUGGGACAUUUUUCCUACGAAGCUGACUGCCUGGAUCAAGGCUAGAAUUGCUAUUAGGUGAACACAGUUGUAACUUACUGUAUAUGCUGUACCAUGAGUCAGUGUGUUACUUGAUCUUCCUUUGCAUGUAUUUGAUGCAUGUAAUUUAGGUACUAACAAUGGUUUACAGUCUGCUGCCAGUAGGAACAGUUUCAACUACGUUAAUCCUUGUCUCUGCACUUUUUGAACUUAAUAAAACAUGUAGAAUUAAACAGUUUACCUUCAAUCUAAACAGGUUGAUUGAAUGGUGUACCACGUAGGUCUAGCCCAUUUCUUUGUAAAUUAAUCCUUUAUAUUUUACUAGAAAUGAUGACGACAGGGUUGUAAACCUCAUCUGUAUGGCUUUGGAUUUGACAACACCUUUAUACAAAUGGAAUGGUUUGUCUUUUAGGUCUCCCUCUGCUGACUGUAAAAUAAUGACUGAGGAGCUGGAGAUUAAGAAGGAAGGUGAAGAAGAGAACAGAAGAGAUGAAAAGAAAAGGCUAAAAUCUCAAGAAGUCAUACAUGUUACCUCGCAGAAAACACUGGAAAACCAGUGUGCUCAGCAGUAGACUAUGAAGUCUACACUUUAUAUUCCUUUAAUAAA